AUGUCGGAAGAAGAAAAAGCCAAACUUAAGCGCGAGGCUGAAGAAUUGAGGAUCAAGUUAUCCGCACUCAACUAUCCGAAGAAAACAUGGGUACUGUCCGAUUUUGAGAUUGGAAGGAAAAUGGGAAAGGGGCGCUUUGGACGUGUUUACCUUGCGCGUGAGAUUGUAUCAAAGUUUAUCGUGGCAAUUAAAGUGAUCCAGAAAAGUGAACUUGAGAAGUGCGGAAUUGAAAAGCAGUUGCGCAGCGAGAUUGAAAUUCAGUCUCACAUGAAACAUCGCAACAUUUUGCGAAUGUAUGGAUAUUUCUGGGACGAGAAGCGUGUCUACCUCAUCCUGGAGUACGCCCCGAAGGGAGAAAUCUACAAAGAACUCAUGGCCAAAAAGCGUUUCAGCGAGCGUCGCGCCGCGAAGUACAUCCUUCGCAUCUCAGACGCCAUGGAGUAUUGCCACCAGAUGCACGUCAUCCACCGCGACAUCAAGCCGGAGAACAUCUUGCUGGGCCAGGACUUCGAGCCGAAAAUCGCCGAUUUCGGGUGGUCUGCGCACUCCCCCACCAAUCGGAGAAACACCAUGUGCGGAACGCUGGAUUAUCUGCCGCCUGAAAUGAUCGAUCGCAAGGAGUACGACUCCAAUGUCGACAAUUGGUGCAUUGGCGUGCUGACCUAUGAGUUCUUGUGUGGAGAGCCGCCGUUUGUUGCCAACGAUCGAGACACGACGUAUAAGCGCAUUCGGAGCAUCGAUCUGCGAUUCCCGAUGCAUGUCACGCCGCCUGCGCAGGAUUUUAUCCGGAAAUUGCUGGUGUUUGAGCCGAAAGACCGGCUGCCGCUGAGCGAAAUCAAGAACCACCCAUGGAUUAAGAAGUAUGAAAACCACUCGCUGACGCCGACUAUGUGGAUUGUUUGUUUUAGACAGGAUGGAAAUGUGAAAUUGAAAUUGUGGAAAUGGAUAGGAACGAAGUCGGAAAGCCGGGAGCAAAAGGAAAAAUAUGAGAAUGAGUUGAAAAAGCAAAUAAAGAAACUGCAAAAGCAGCGAGAUAGCUUGAAGCAGUGGCAACAGAAGAUGGACUCCUCCAUAGCGCCCUAUGCAGACAAAAUAAACGAAGCGAAAAAACAAAUCGAGUCCCUUAUGACAGAGUUCCGAGAAUGGGAAAAGCGUAUCAAGAAUAAGCCGUAUUCCAAAGUGAGUCUUACGCAGCCGAACAAGCAAACUCCGCAGGACGAGAAGCGAAAUGAAGUCCAGAAGCGGCUUCAGAGCCAAUUAGAUCAAUUAAAGCGCGAGAUCGAAGAAUGCGAAUGCGAAUCGAAACGAGAGAAGAAGAACAAACGCAGCACGAACCAGUCCACGAUCACCAAGCUCGAGUCGGACAUCAAGAAUCAUAAUGAUCACAUCCACAAUCUGGAGUUGAUUCUCCGCCAGCUCGACAACGAUCUCAUCGAUCCCUACAAGCUCGACGAGGUUCUCGACGCCGUCGACGACUACCUGGCCUCCUACAAGCAGCCCAACUUCUACUACGACACCAGCAUGUACGACAAAUUCAGCCUGUUUUCUGGAAUUCCAAAAUCCGUCUCCGACUCCGAACCCGUCGAAAGCGAAGAAACCGACUCCAUUCUGGUGGCACGUGACCCAAUUCCCUGUUUUCUAGAGCGAAAAAACGAAUUCUUUCGUCGCCUCUCCCGAUCCCUCCCCUCGCAUUCCCGCGGUUUCCGCCGCCCUUUCCAAGAGCGUAACGCCCGCCAACUCGGUCAGUUCUUCGAAUUCCAUCCCCGCGAUUCCAUCCAUCCCCGCGGUUCCCGCCGCUCCGGUUACUCCAGUUACUCCAGUUACUCCAGUUACCUCGGUUACUCCAGUUACCUCGGUUACUCCAGUUACUCCAGUUACCCCGGUUACCCCGAUUACUCCCGUCAACUCGGUGUGGAAAAGUAG